CUGGCUGGCUUUGUUUUGGUGAAUCAGCUGAUGAGCGAAGAUGGCGACGCUGUACCUCGGGCUGCGGCUGAAGUCCCGCACACAGGAACGCGUUAUUCUCGACAAUGUAGACUUAAACGACACAGUGGACUCAGUGAGGCAGAAGGCAGCUGCCCAGAGCAAUACCACGCCGGAGAAAAUUGAGCUGGUGCACUGUGGUGUGGUGCUGAAAGGUUCAGACUCCCUGAAUGAUGCAGGGAUCACCUCAGGCUCCAUGAUCCACUGCUUCCCCAGGAGUGAGAGCUCCAUUCCUGCUGCAGCUCCACUUAGUCUUCCAGAGGUUCAAACACUCCUGGUGUCUCUGAGAAAUGUCACGUCGAGGCCAAACUUCCGAGACUUUGUCCAGAAGUUGCGCAGACCAGAAAUGGUGGAAAAGAUCCUGGCCUCUUGUCCCAUUGUCCGACAUGAUCCUGCAGCCCUGGCAAUGCUGCAGGAUCCUGAACUCUUCCUGGGACUCACUAAUCCAGACAAUCUCACCAAGUUAGUUGAGUCAUGGCCUGAAGUGGGUCGUGUGGCUCAGUAUGUCACUUCCCUCAGCCCCAGUGAAGCUCCAUCUCCACGCCGCUCACACCAUGUAUCCUACUCUAUGGAUGCUCUGUCAGAUGAUGACCAGAUGGAGGCAGAUCAGUCUGAGGACUCAACUGGAGGUGGAGACAGUCGGGCAAGUGGCUCAGUGCCCUUCCAGCCAAUCACACCAGCCCAAUUAGCUGCUGCCCUUGCUAGUGCUACAGUGUUUGCACCCACAGGAGGUGGUGGUGGUGGCAGCAGCAGCAGCAAUAAUGGUAGUGUACCAGGACAGCCAACCAGUGCUCCACGCAGCAUACCUACUACCCCUUCCAUCGCCACCACUACACCCUUUAAUACGCCAGCUUUUUCUGUCGGUGCCCCCACUGGUCCAGGGCCCAUAACCCAGGAGAUGUUCAGCAAUGCUCUGCAGAAUGCCUUGGCUGCCUCUGCUAGCAGGUCCAUCUCUUUCCAGGCAUCAGGACCUCCCUCCUCUGCUUCAUCUGGUCCUCCAUCCACUGUCCAGAUCCCCAACAUAGAAGAAUCUCUACAGCUUAUGAGGGAAAUGGGAAUUCCUAAUGAGGACCUCAGCAGAGAAGCGCUGCAGGCCACCAAUGGAGAUGUCCAGGCAGCUGUCAACCUUAUAUUUGCCCAGUGGAUGGCAGAUGACUAGGACUUAGUGGAUGUGUUGGGUGGGUGGAUGAAUUCCGGGUAGAUGCUGAUGGAAAUUCAUCAGGAAGUGUGUAAUUUUCUCCUUGUUACAUAUUCUCUCUCUCUCUCUCUCUCUCUCUCUCUCUCUCUCUCUCUCUCGUUGAAUGAAGUCAGAGUGAAUGAAGCUUACACAAGUUCUGCUUUCCUGCCAUGCAUGCACCAGUGUAGGUAUUUGAAACACUUAAAAACUGAACAAGAAAUAAGGUUCAAGUUACAUGAUAGAAAUAUACAAGAUAUUAUUUACACUGGAUUUUUUAUGUGCCUUGUUUAUUUUUUAUGUCGAUGUAUACUUUGCUUCUCUGAUGCCUUAUUCUUUUUACAGAAACUCUUUCUGCAGGAGUGAUUACAGGUGAAAGGCUGCAAAUAUUAACAUGGAAACUUAUGUAUUUCACCUGACAUAAAUUUCGUAGCAAAGGUCCCACACUUCAAAAUCUUUAACAUAACAUUACAUGACUUGUGCAAGAUCUUGUUAAAUUCAGGUUAUUGCCAUUUACAUAUUCGUCUCAGUAGAAUUCUUUCCUUCUUUCAGGUGCUUCUGUUAUAGAUUACCACCUUGGAUCAACCUUAUCAAUGCACUCAGCCUAAUGCGCCUGUCUUCUAGUUGUUCUGAAUAUGCACUAUAAGAUAGAGACUUAGAUAUUUAACAUUUACAAUAUGCAGAGACAGAAAUGGUUGCUUUUAUCCUUGCUGAACUAAGUUUCAGAGGCAGGUUUAGUAUUAUAUUUGUAUGUCUUAAAAGAGUGGUGUGCUGUGUGAUUUCAGGUUUUGCUGCUGCUUGUAACAAUCCUCAGAAUAUCAAAAGUUGAUGUGGUCAGAAUAAGAAACAAUUUUUCUUUUCUAGUUGAUAAUUAUGAGUGAAGUCGGGUAUAUCUCAUUAAAUAUUUAAAUCUAAAAAUACUUUUGCUUCUCUUUCAAUCAUGAAUGAAACAUAUUUCCAGCUGGUGAUGGACAGAAUAACAACCAUUAGAGUAAGAGAACUACAAAGCAAAAUAACACAAAUAAGGCAGGUGGGAACAUACUGCCUGGUCUUUAUUUUGUUACAAUUAGAGUUGUUCAUAUUUGUUUUUACAGCCUAUUUCACUGUCAUUACUUAUGCAGUAUGUUUCAUACUUGAGAUGGCUUCUAGGUAUUGAGCUGUUUGUGGGGCAAAGAUAUUUAGUGACAUGUUUCCUAAAAGUAUAUGUAUUUUUGAGACAUGAAGGAUAGUGAAGGUUGGUGUCCUCUUAUUUUCCAUCUUCAUAUUUUUAUCUGUUAUGUAUAUAUUCCAUCUCAAGCUAACACUGGGCAAGGAACAUACUCACCCAUGUCAGUUUUUUCUUGUUGGUUAAGAUGAUUCUGCAAAAGCCACAAGGCUUAAGAUGUUCAUGGCAUGUGAGGCACCCAGCUCUGUCAAGUGUCUGUCUUAUGGUAAUGAGUAUCUUGCUAUAUAGCCCCCCAGUCAUUUAGGGCUGAGUCCCAGUGUAUUGUUUCAGUGCUGGGACACUGGAUAUCACAUCUCUCCCAGAAAGUUUAAAAAUAAUCCUCACUGCAUUAUUUUAAUCAAUUAAUACAAAAUAUCAAUUAAUUAAUAUGAAAUGUCCAGUUAUGCACUUUGCAUAAAUUGUGGAAAAUCACACGUGCAGUGCUGAAACAUGUUGUGCUGAAUAAUAUAACUAUAGAGCAGAUUACACAAAUAGUAAUAAUGGCUGACGAAGAUAACCUUAGGAGAAAAGUCCCCAGGAUACUUUCUCUAUUUGCAACUAAUUUGUACUAAAUCACACUUCUUUGCUCUUAUAUAUAUCGUUGUGCUGUCUUUUUCCUUCACUACAAAUGAUAGAAGUUGACCUGUCUUAUUGAUGUCACUUUCAGUUCUGAUCUCCUUCAGCUGUUCAUAUUCUUAUAACCUUUGUUAAAGUAAAGUACUCACCUUAACCCAUUCUGCAAGUCCAUAAUACAAAAUAUAUUGCUCUAUUCCA